GCCCCGCUCAACCCCUCUCUGUUUCCUUACCUACAACGACCAUAUUCACACUCCCUCAGUAUGGCUGGCAUCGUCUCCGGAUUUGCCAGCGGCAACGGAGAGGGAACCGAGUUCCUUUCUAUGCUACCUCCUCCAAAAGACGACCUCGCCCAAUACGACAAUACCCGCCCACACAAUGAGCAGGACAUCGAAGUCCCCCAAGUGUUCCACGAUGCUAUGUCGGUGAGGGAAGAAGUCUAUGGGGAGCAGGGAAUUCCCCUAGAUGCCGAGUUCGACGAAGACGACGCGCGCAGCUGGCACUGGGUUGUAUACGCAUCCGUCGCGUCUACCGCAAGCCCACCCCCGAAGGACCUGCGCACCGACACACCCACUGAUGGUGCCGAUGGUGCCCGCCGCACCUCUUCCGUUGGAACACGUCUUCCUGUCGGAACCAUUCGCAUGAUACCGCCUCCUCACGCCCCGAACAAAUAUCUCGAUCAGCCCACCAGCGACAAACACAUGGACGCGGAUCCGCCGCGCUCGCUGGAGGACCACUCCUCAUCCGAUAACUCCAAGCACCCCUCAGAACCAUACGUCAAGCUCGGUCGUCUCGCAGUACUGACACCUUACCGUAAACUUGGUCUCGCCAAGCUGCUGAUCAAUACUGCUAUCGAGUACGCGGCUAAGCACCCCGACGACAUAUACGAACCGCCCUCCGCCACCACUGCCGAGAAGGCAAAUCUAUUCGGCAUUCAAACCGAAGAAUCCGCGCCCUGGAACGGCCUCAUCAUGAUCCACGCGCAGUCUAACCUCAAACAUCUGUGGGAGAAGUACGGCUUCGCUGAGGAGCUACUAAACGAUAAAGGCCAAGUCGAGAUAUCAAAAGAGCCACAUUGGGUCGAGGAAGGCAUUGAGCACAUUGGAAUGUGGCGACGAUUGCAGCUCGAGAACGCAAGGUUGUAG